GAUUUAUUGGCCUGAAAUGUUUUGGAACAAAUUUUGUAAAACAUAUUGAACAAAGAAAUAUUCUCGAUUUUCAUAAUAUCCUUGAGAAAAUAUAACAAGGCGUUAUGGAGAAUUUAGAGGACACAUCCACUGGUGGACGUGUGACAAGAUCCUUAAGAAAGCGUUUAACGUCAGUGGAUAGCGAUGCAAGUAGUAGGCCGUCUACACCACAACUAACUAAGCUUACUUCAAUACCAGAGACAAGUUCCCCUUCUCGUGCUUUACGUGGAACACGACGCAACUCCACUACUUCAAGUGCGACGCCCUCAAAAACGCCAGCCAAGUCUAAAACUGCUACAAUCAAUGAGUCGAAUGAGGCUGAGAAUGUUCCGGCUAGGCGGACCACUCGCAAAAGCAGUGUUUCUGCAGCAGAUAUACAUACGCCACUCAAACUGAGUCCGGUGGAUAAAUUCCAAUCAAAAGGAAAUGAAAUAAAUACUAAAGGGACGCCUACAAGACGUACAAGACGAUUGACAUCACAAACAGAAGUAGAGAAAACUCCACGCUCCGGAGCUGCAAGGAAAAAGCCUGGACCGAAAUCUCGACGCUCCAAGCAAGAUAGCGAGAGUGAUUCCGAUAUUGAAGUGAUUAAUCUGGAAGAUGAGCCAACGAAUCGUAAUGAAAAUGUUAAUAGUACCACUCCAAUAAUAAAGGAACAUUCAACGAAAACUCCAGUAAGAAUGUCACCAAGAUUAAAGGCAAAGAGUGUGUCUCCAAAAGAUAGCACAGUUAUUGAAACAAUUGAUUUAUUAGAAGACACCAGGGCACCUAAUGAUACUGAGGGGUGUGAUGAAAUUUCAACUGUUUACAAGCAAAAUGAAGCGAAUGAGAAAUUUGAAAUUUCAGACACAAAAAUGAAAUUAUUUAAUACAAACGAAGGAAAAGAAGUAGAGUUGGAAAGUUUAGAUUCGCCUUUAACUGAAAAUAAAGAUUUGUCUAAUAAAACCGAUAGCUUUGAACAUAAUGCCGUAAAAGCUGAUACCACUGCCAAAAGUCCUCACACAUCUUUAUCACCGUUAAAUACAUCAAAACCCGUUGUUGAAAGCGUUCAUAAUGACGUAAAAACCACUGCCAAUAGUCCUCACACAUCUUUAUCACCGGUAAAUACAUCAAAACCCGUUCUAGAAAGCGUUGUUAUUUUGGAAAAGCUUUCGCCUAAGGUUAUUAACAAAAUGUGUGGUAAAACAUCUGCCGUUAGUUCACCUCGAAACUCGAAAUCUGUAACAUUCACCGAUAUGGAGGUUGACGAAGAGGUGAAGAGUUCUUACCCUAAAACUCCAGCUUCGAUUAAAAGUAAAAGCUAUAUAGCAAUGAAUUCCAUAAACGACUCAAAAGAUCAGUCUUUCCAAAGUGAUAAAGAGUCUAACGGUAGUUUUAAAGAUGCAAGCGCAGACAUGGAAACAACAAAAGACAAAAACGCACCUGAAAUGGCAAAUGAUUCAAAAGAUUCUGUUGAAUUUCAUGAUGCCACAAAUGACGUUGAAGAAAUAAAUAAUAUUCAAGAGGCAGACAAAAGAGUAAGCGAAUAUACGCCUCAAAAAAGGAAGCUUUCCACAAAACUGCAAAGUUCCACUCCAAUGUUAGAUUCGGUAUCAAAUUCAAAAACUGAAACGGAAAAGUUAAUAAUCAAUUCACCAAUAAUAACAAAUACUUUCGAAGAAAUAGGCAUUAAUGCAGAAAAAGUUUCUCCUGUAAAACAAGAUGAAACCACUACAUUACAGGAUAACCAGAAAGACGUAAAAACUAACGAUAAAAGUGUGUCGUUCAAGAUAGCACCCACAAACAUAAGUAAUGACAGUGAAAAAGCUGACGAUUUGUUUUCGAAAUCAUGGACACAUAAUGUAAGUGGUUGCGCAACAACGGAUGGAAAAAUUGACACCCUCGCCAUAACUAAUGAUGAAGAGGCAAUGCCUCAAUCAUUAAACGUUGAAGAUGAAUUAAAAACAUCACCAAUUGUUGAUACCAGAAAGGAAAUUUCUAAAGAAAAUAAUGAACAGAAAGAGGAGGAGGAAGAAGAUGCAGAAAGUUUUCAAAAAUUAGAAUUUAUUGAUGAUGAGGCAAUGGAGGUAGACGACAAUUACCAAAGUGGAGAUUCAAUGGAUGAAGAAGAAAGAAAGGAAAUGUUGGAAAACGAGAUUUUAGAUGAAGGUGAGUCGAUUGGUAGUGAAGACACCGAAGAAAGUAAUGAGGAAGAUGAUGAAGAUAAUGCUUCGUUUGUAACAUCUGAUUCAGAAGAAUCCCUACUUGAAUAUUCAGAUAUUGAUGAGGAUAAUGAUGAGGAUUUUAUAGAUAAAUCCAAAAACUCUAAUAAAAAGAAUUCAUAUAACCGUAUUUUGAUAACCAGUGAGAGCGAAGAUGAUAGCAAUCCAAACUUUUCAAAGACUAAUUCGGACAAAACAAAAAAAAAUAAUAAAUCGAACCAAAGAAAUCGUAUUUUAUCCUCUAGUGAAAGUGAAAUAGAGCAACAAGCGGAAAUACAUUCCGUACAGACGAAUAGCAAACGUAAAAGUUCCGACAAUUCAGAGAAACCACUAACUUUCGAAGUUAGCAGAAUGAUUGAUGAUACAACGGAUGAUGAUGAUAAUGACACUAAGGAACCUUCAAAACCGCAACAUACAAUGGAAGCAACCGUUAAUACUAAAUCAAAAUCUUCUAACGAUCAAGCAUCGGAAACCAAAAGGGAAGAAAAUACGCAGGAAAAUGAUAAAAGUAAUAAUAUUGUUAAUGAUGGUAAUCAUGAGGAAAAUAGCCGACAUGAACAGGAAACUAGGAAUGAAACAGAAUUAAAUACUAGCCAAGGAAGAGAUGUCGACAGCGAAACAGCAAAUGGUAAUGGCAUUUCCGAAACAGUUGAGAGUACCAUUUCGUCACCAACCAAGCAGAGUAAUAGACGAAGUCAAAGUUUGUCAAGAUCCAUAUGUCAAAAAAUUGCAGAUGACAAGAAUGAUUAUGAAGAACUCCUAAAAGCAUCAACUGAAUGUGACAAAGAAGUUAAUAAUAAAUCCGGUUUCGGUUUACUUACAAGCCACAUUAACAUGAACACUAAUACCCUGAAUCGUAGUAUGGAACGCUCGAUUCGAAAAUCUGCAUCUUCUAUCAAUUCCAGUCAUAAAUCGAAUAAAACAACCGGAACAAUCGAUGAUGCUGACAUAAUUAGCACCGAGAAUAAAAGUAAUUCAAGUAACGAUUCUGAUUCAAGUGAGAACAUAAAUGAGCGAUUGAUAGUAGAUGAAGGCACCAAAUCAGAUGAUCUUGAUGAUGUGCAAUCACAAAAUGAAUCAAACGAUGACGAGAAUAUUGAUGGUGAAGAUAUUGAAAUACCUGAGACGCAAGAGGUUGGCCAGGCUUUUGAAGGGGACUCUUCAGAUGAAUCGUCCGCUGAAGAAACUGUUGAUGAACUUACCGUUGGAAAAUCUGGCCCAAAGUUGAAAAAUUCUGGUUUAAGCUUAUCUUUCUGCCAAGCAAAACAAAAGCGUAUAACUGUCAAAGAUCGUAUACGUCAUAGCUCCUUCUCAAUUGGUGUUUGUGUUACAAAAACCGAAGAUAUCAAUCAAAUGGAGGAAUCCGGUUCUUCUGAGGCAGAUAAAAACAUUGAUAAACAAGAUGAGGAGGAACUUGAAAAGUUGGCACAUUCCUAUGUACAAUUUUCCACUGAGAACCGAAAACGGAAAUCAAUGUUGUCGACUUUUGCACAGAAUAAUCAAGAGUUCGAAUGCAAAAAGAUAUCGAAACGUAACAGUUUACAACCUAUAUCGAAUGAAGAUUUUAAUCCGUCUAAAUCAUUGCUUGAAAAUAUUGAAGAGCAAAAGCGUGAAUUACAGAGUCAAAAAUGCGCCCAGAAAUCACGCUUUUCUAAAUCUUUUUGCGAUUCAAUUCAGUAUGAAUUGGAGACGCUGGCUGAUAAUAGCGAUACAGACGUUACAAAUAACACAAAUAAAAGUUUACAAAACGCAUCAAAAUCGCGGUUAUCUAAAUCUUUUUGCGGACCCAUACAAGAGACUGCUAAAACAGAAGUGGAUAACAGUUGUUCCGAAGAUUCAGCUGACGAACUGAUAAAUAAGAAGGAAACUAAUGGGUCUACACCACGAGAAGUUAUAACAACCAAAAAUAAAAAAAAAGAUUUUGGACAUAUUUUGGAUCGAUGUGAUGAAAUAUUAGAUGCCGCAAAUCGUGCUAAGUUAGAAUGCAAGCAAAACUAUAAGAAGAGUCGACUAAUAAUUCCAAAAUCUAAAAAAGAGUCAAAACAUUCAUUGCCUUCGGAAGGAGAAUCAGCAAAUGAUGUACCCGAGAUUAAAAAAGAUAUAAAGCAGUCCAAAGAAAAAACAACAUUGGCAUUGGAACAGGCUUUCAAAGCUUCGGCAAAAAUUUUAUUAAAAGAAGCCAGUAAACCUAAGAAGGAAAAACUAUCAUUGCCGUUAAAUGAAGAGACAUAUGCCGAUAAACGUCUUCCUAUGCAAUUAUUAGAAUCGAUUUCGAAUUCGCAGUCGCAUACUGAAACAAAAAAGAGUAAGAGAGAACGUGCACGUGAACCGAUUGUACAACGCUUAAAUAGUGCAACAGGUGAAAUUGUCGAGGAAGUGCUUAGUCCUCCAAAAAAGAAGAGAGCCAUACUAAACAGAAUUGAACUACCUACUGGCAUAGUAUUGGAAGAACCGGUCACACCGAAGAAAAAAAUAAAUAACGGUUUUCGCGAAAGCCCCAUUACUCCGCGCACACUCGGUUUUAAAGUGCGUCACAUUCUAACUGCUGGUCAGGACAAAGUGCCACAAUUGCCAACCUCCCACAGUGGCGGACGUAAACGUAAAGAGAAAAUCGUUGAUCCCAAACUCGUAUUGCCCAAACCGCAGUGGUCACAGUCGGGUGUAUUUUUGGAAGAAGUUUUGCCCAACGCCAAAAUGCAGGGUGUGAAUACUAUGCAAACCUGUGGACCAGGUGCCAAUUCAGCAACUGUAAACGCUCUAAAUUUCAAAACUUCGACCCUGUUUCGAAAUAAUGUACCGAGAGAGACCUCGCAUGAAUUGCUCAAACGUAAAGAACGUCAGUAUGUUCGUAGUCGUUUUUAAUUUAAAAACGAGAUUUAAACAUGUCAUUCGUAUACUUUCAUUCGUUUCUUGUUGAAUAUGCAUAAUUAUUAUACUUAAUAUACAUUUUUUUGCAAUAAAUAUUGCUUCAUAUUAUUAAUAAAAA